AUGACCAAUGGUGGCGGAAAACCCGAAGAAGAGCGCUGCAGAGAGCUCUCGGAGCGACUCCAAUCCAAGAUUGAUCUUUCCAUGUUCGUCCAAUCACACACGGUUCUGUCGUCUCCAGUGUUGCCAUACCUCUCGCGGUAUCGUGACCGAGCUGUCAUGGUCUUGGGAGGCGUUGGGGACACUUGUCGAAAGAUUGCAGAGGGGUAUGGUUAUCAAAAUGUCGUGAUUCCUGCCGACGUGCUAGCCUGGAACCCAGAUUUAUGGCCGUUUUACAAACUCCGUGACGAGGAAAAGGCCUAUGUCCGACGUGACUUUGACUUCUCCACCACUCCUAUCGAAGCCGUAUUUGUCUUCCAUGACCCUCGAAACUGGGCAUUGGAUGUUCAGAUUACUCUCGACAUUCUCCGCUACGGAUCCAAAGGUCGACCAGCCUUUACUCGCUCUAACGAUACGCCUCAUUCCCACGUCCAUGCUGAUCCCCUGGACGCUGUCGAAUUGGUUUUCUGCAAUCCUGAUCUCAUCUGGCGAGGUGCGUAUUUUCGGCCGCGACUAGGCCAAGGUGCGUUUCGAGAAGCAUUCCAGGGCGUGUACAAGGCUUUGGAGCCGAAGCAGUAUCCAUACAAGCAGCUCGGAAAGCCAACCCGAGAGACAUAUCAUCACGCCGAAAGUCUUUUGCUUGAGCGGGCGCAAGAGAUAAGACGUUUUUCAGCCGCAGAAAUGCACAAUAUAUCAAAAAGAAACAUAUACAUGAUAGGGGAUAAUCCGGAAUCUGACAUUGCUGGCGCAAAUGCGGCAGGUUGGCAAUCCGUUCUUGUCCAUACGGGGGUAUAUUCACCGAGUGAUGGCGUUCCCACUCAUAAACCGACGUUUCAAGCGAGGGAUGUAGAAGAAGCCGUCCAUAAUGUCCUUUCCACUGCCUAG